CAGCCUGGAGUUCAUAGUCCGCGUGUAGCCGCAGAAAUCCAGUCCGCAACCCUCUCCCCCCCCCCCCCCCAACCAUUCCUUCCAAUCGAUUCGUCUGCUGCAGCAGCAUACAACGGAGAAGCAAGGACAGACACACACGAUCACGGGCACGGAUUUUGGGCCACAACUACACCGUUCUCCCCUUGCUGUGUGGCGCCCACAAUCGCCCGUCGAGUGCGUCGUCGUCUCGGACGGCGUAUGGUGGUGUGUGGGCACAUGCCACUGAAUCAAAUCGUUUACGCGCGAUCAAGUGUGUGAGCGUGACAGUAUUCGGUGCGUGCGUGCGUGCGUGAGGGCACUUUGGAGGGACCAAAGGCCUGCCAGCAGGUAGCUCGAACCGUGACGAAGCAAAACCGUGGUGUGCGGAACCACCAUUACCGUGGGUGGUUCCUGCAAUCGGCCAUCGUUGAAGAGUCGUGCGACGACAACGGUGAUCGUCAUCGCCAGAUUGCCAUCCUCGGCGGCAGUGUGCUUGGGGUCCGAAAACUCGUCGAAUUCUUCCAACAACCCCGUCGCCUACACCGUCAUCGCUUUCCUCCACGUAUCCACUCUGGAAGGAAGCAAACCAGUUGGUUAGGUGGCUCCCGUUUUCUUGGUUGGCCGUGGCCAACUCUCUCUUCCUCUCUGUGUUUGUGUAUGUGUGUGUAUAGCGCGGUGUGCAACGGUGCAACCCGGGGAGGAUCCCGUUUCCGGAUUCCGGUGCCGAACACCGUCGUCUCACCCGUGGCCAUACUCGGCCCGGCGUCGUCGGAAUCAGAGACAGUAGUGCAGCGCACAGCGCCCCAUUCCAUCCACCACGCCUGUCGUCUAGUCCGUGGGGCCAACCUUUCAGCGAAGGUGGCGUUGUGGCUGGUGUAGAAAGGUGGUGCCUGCAGCCUGUGUGUGCGCGUGCAUGUGAGCCCUACCGACCGUGACGUCACUCAACCCACCACCACAAAGGCGACCGCAAUAACAGCGACACCUGUCAGACGGAGGAGGUCCGGUUGACAUCCUGGGAUUUAGUGGGUGCCCUUUGCAUCCCAAAGCGCGAAAGGAGCAGCCAACUAGCCAGCCGGCCGCCAACCACGCACCAACCAACCAACCAACCAAUUUACCAACCAAACCAACCAACCAACCAACCAACCAAUCGUUCACGCCAUCGCCUCCACUUAUCCUGCGAUCGUAGCAGCGCAGUAGAAGGAAACGGAAACACCGAUCGACCAGACGCACGAACCCCUGCAGUACGACGAUGGACGGACUUGUGCAGUCACAGGUGCACGGCUUGUCCGGCUCGUCGACCGCGAUCCGCAAGAAGGAUGCCGAGGCGAAGGAAAAUCUCUGGUCUUCGAUACUCAGCGAGGUACAAACACAGAGCAACACGAAGCUUCCAUCGAACAAGUCGGUACUGGUGCUGGGCGACAAUGCGAGCGGCAAGACGACACUGAUCGCCAAGCUGCAGGGUGUCGAGGAUCCGAAGAAGGGAUCUGGCCUGGAGUACGCGUACAUCGACGUGCGAGACGAGUAUCGUGAUGAUCUCACCCGCCUCGGAGUGUGGAUACUCGAUGGCGAUCCGGGCCACAAUAACCUGCUCAAGUAUGCCCUGAACGAGCUCAACUACGCACACACGCUGGUCAUACUGACGUUGUCGAUGACGGCGCCGUGGAGCUGGGUGGAUCAGCUGCAGCACUGGAUGAAGAUACUGGAGGAUCACAUCGCUGGGCUGAAAAUCGAGCAUGAUGAGAAGCAGCAGUGUCAGCAGCGGUUAGCGAACGAAUGGCAGAACUACUGCGAAACGAUAGACGACCUCGAUCCUGGGUCGCCGAUGAAGCGCACCAAUCGCUUGUCGACGGUCGACGACGAGUUCGAUGCUCUGCCACUACCGGAGGGUGUCCUCACCACCAAUCUGGGGCUGGACGUGGUGGUUGUCGUCACGAAGACCGACUAUAUGAGCACUCUCGAGAAGGAGCUCGAUUAUCGGGAUGAACAUUUCGACUUCAUGCAGCAGUGGAUCCGCAGGUUUUGCCUGAUGUACGGUGCGUCACUGUUCUACACCAGCGUGAAAGAGGACAAGAACUGUGACCUGCUCUACAAAUAUCUCACGCACCGGAUCUACGGUCUCCCGUUCCGGACGCCCGCACUGGUUGUCGAGAAGGAUGCUGUGUUGAUACCGGCCGGAUGGGAUAAUAUGAAGAAGAUUAGCAUACUGUACGAGAACAUGCAGUCGUGCAAGCCGGAUGACUACUAUAACGCUAUCAUCGCACAACCGGCAUCAAGGAAGACUGUGUCGAACCGUGAGGUCGAGAUCGAGACGGAGGAGGAGCAGUUGUUCCUGACGCGCCAGCUACAGCUACUCCAGCAGGGACAGCCACCGGCACGUGGCGAAUCACCGCUGCGCUCGCAGCCAUCCACCAUCAUAAAGAACAGUCCGCGAACCCCGGUUGCCACCGUUGCGCAGGGUUCGCCCAAAAAGGUCGAUGGUAAGCUAACACCCGGCACACAGAGCGGUGAGGGUGUGCUGGCCAACUUCUUCAACUCGUUGCUGCACAAGAAAUCGGUUAUUCCCGGAUCGGCGGCGGCUACUGGUGGCGCCGUCAACGGACUCGGCAGCCCGCUAGGACUAACACCAACCUCAACGCGCUCGUCCACAUCGCCCCACACCAAUGGCGUUAGUAUGAUCGGGCCGGAUGGCGUGUCACCCAGCGACAAGAUUACCAUGCGCACAGAGGCCGCCCUCGAACUGGACCGGCUGGCCCGGAGUGUAAAGCGGGACGAAUUCUCGCCCGCCCAGCAGUCGGACUGCUGAAUUGCUACGGCUUCCACGCUACGUCACUGCAAAAAGCACUAGCCUCAAAUUGGGGUGCGCCUGGGAGCGAUUGUGUCCGCUCUUACCGCCCCCUUCCCACUCUUUGCUUUACAUUUGAGGCGCGAAGAAUUUGAAGGAAGCAACCGCAGCAGACUUUAAUGGAGCAGCUGAGGAUCGACACGCCUACCGUAGGCGCAGCGAUUGGAACUAUUGUGAUGGUUAUAUAGAGACGAUGCUGAACAGAACUUUUGAAAGCGCAAGUUCGACACGCUGUGUACAGUUCAACCCCCCUACAGGAUUACGUGAGGAGUACUGGCGAGUACGCUCGCUCUCGUCAGCCCGAGUUAGUGUAAUGAUAUGUCCUCGUCUUCGUUUUAAUCAUGGUGCAUUGUAGGGAAGAUGUUUUGUUUUCUAGAUAUGUUCAUCAUUCAGUUUCACUGUACCUCGAAUUGUAUGAGCUGAAUUGCAGGAAGUGUUAUGAAAAAGAAACGCGCACCGAGCCUCUGGAGGAUACCGUAAGCGAUGUGCAACAUCUCGGAGGGAUUUUUUUUGGGUUCGCUUUUGAUACUACUUUUAUAUUCAGAUUGGGAAAGGCGGGUGUAGCGGAUCUCUCUUUGAGUGAGUCGCAAGCUGUAAUCCUAGAACAAUCGGUCACUCUAACAUCAGGGAACGCGCAAGCCACACCACAGCUUCACCUACUCAGGAUCUCCUAUCUGGGCCUUUCGGAACAUUAAGAACCACUCUCUGCAUGGUGGAUAGUUUGCAGCCAGCUUUUGCUUUACAUUCAAUACUGUCCUACCCGUACUUGCGUUUGUGAUUGUUUGUUGUUUAAUUCUCUGUUCGGCUUCGGCUUUUGCAGAGGCGGAAGGUGUGCUUAUUAUGUGCUUGUUAUGUGCCCAAGAGGCCCACUGCGUAAAGCACCUCUGUGUCCUUUUCUCGCUCGUUCUCGUCGAAGUUUAACGUUGGAUUCAUAGAGUGGCGAACAGCUUGGCGAAAUAUUAGUACGUUGCCCAAUGGUCUAACUUGAUAGAAAGCUGUGAAGAACUAUAGAACAACGCAGAAUAAAAGUGAGAUAGUGAAAGAGAUCUGCUGCUUCUGGGGCUACUUACAGUGCAUUGAAUUGUGAAUAAGUUAAUUAAUUUAAAUAUAUAUAUAGAUAUAUGUGAACUAAAAACGCAAAGAAUGUAAACGACGCGAUAACCGCGUCAUAUGAUGGCGUCAAGAAACGGGACAUCGAAAAACAGAUGGAAAGCUCAGAUUGAAAAAGGAUGAGGAGAGACUGCAUCGCGGAAUGUGUGCGUGUGUAGCAAAUAGGUAAAUAAUAGACACUCUUGCACAGUCUAACAUAUACACUCAUCUACACACAUACAACACACAUCUACCCACAUACGCACUCUCGCAAUCAUAACAUUCUACCAGUUGGACAUUACUGAGCUGAGCUAGUGAUAGAGAACAAAAAUAGUAGGACCGCAGGACGACUGAAGCUGGAUUGUCGCUUAGCGUUACUCACCCCCACAACCUCAAUCGUCCUAUUGAAACAGAACAUUUGCUCGCUCCUGUUAUCUCUUAACGGGGCAGUUAUCAGUUUGAAGGAGGAAGGAGGAGAAUGGAAAAAGUAGAGAGAGAGAGAAUCGGUGGAUUGACAUAGAGUGCGUAUGUGCGAUAGAAGGUAGACCAUAAGUUCACAUGCUUAUUUAAACAAACAACGGCAAUGGCCGUUGCAUACUCUAUUGACAUAGAACAUUUACUCGCUCCUGUUAACGCUUAACAGGACCGCGCGCAGAACAAAAUCUCUCCUGUUAGACAUCAACAGGAGCGAAUUUGAUUCGAGUUCGGGAAGCACGACUAACAGCAGAUUUUUUUUUUCUGCGCGUGCUCCUGUUAAGCGUUAACAGGGGCGAGUAAAUGUUCUUUGUCAAAUAGGGUACAUACGAUGGAACCAUAAACAGUCUAGGUAACAUAUUUAUAACGGCGAAGCUCGUCCUUCCCUCGUUUUCGACAUUACCCGCUAACACCCCCUCCCCAAUUCCAAUGAGCAAGCGAAAUACAGCACAUCGACGUCAAUCUGUACUGAAUCAAUUGGUGGGAUAGUCGCGGCCUUGUUUGAGCACCGUGUAUUGCCCUCAACGUAAGCCAACGCUAUCGUGCCGUUGAACGCGUGCGCGUAUGCAUUGCUGCAAAGCCAAAGCUGCCAAUAUAAAAACAUGGAAAGCACUGGAUCUACUACCAGCAGCAGCAGUGAACGUGUGCAGCCCGUCUUCCUGCUGAACAUAGCUGCAUCGUCGUAAGAUUGCUUCUAACUAGCUUACAACGCGGGUAUCAAAAAUUUGACACAUUUUCGGCGUAGGUCGAAAUCUGGGCGGAAAAGAUAGAUCUAGCAUUCAGCUGGGCAGUGGCGUCGGGCAAACGAUACACUGUGCUUUGCGAUUGCAAAAUGAGGCGUAGUUCAGAACGAAACAAUCCUGGAAGGGAGGGAUGAGAGGAAGGUCAAACCUCUCCUACUACUAGCGGACCAAUUUACUAGCGCACGUGCCGAUGCUGUGCGCACUUGAUCGCACUCGGUAUGCGCUGCUCGAAGUCACGGCUCGCGCUUGCCUGUGCACAGCGCUAGAAGCGUGGUAAGCAAACGGACAAUGGAGGGGAAUCGUAGAGCGGAAGCGUAAAACAUAUAGCGCGCGAGAGAGAGCGAGAGAGAAAGAGAGAGAUAGAGAGAGAGAGAGGGUGAUUUAAAUUGAGAAUUGUGAAGGUAAAUUAAAAAAAAACAACACUCAUAUGCUACAAUAAAGACAAACUAAACUAAA